AGGAGUUAUUGGCCAAGCUAAACGCUUCUAUACGCGCGGCCAAGCUCGCUUCAGACAAAGCUUCUCUUUUUUGGAUUUGCCAUCUCUCCCUCUUCUCCCCGCGGAGGAGAGAGAGAGAGACUUUGAAGAGUCCAUAUUUUACGUGCGAGCAAAAUAGCAUUCCCAAGCAACGAAUAAAUUCUCUUCUUCUGUCUUCUAGGGUUUGCGUUCCCGCCAUUGUCGACCUUGCUCGCUGCCGCUCCUUCCCCCUGUUCUGCACUGGCAUUGCUCUGAGAUCAUCUGUAUUUCCCUAUUUGAUUUCAAAUUUCGGAUUUAUUCCCCUUUUAAUAGGAUUCUGAUUGGUCUAUUGGUCUAUCCUUUUUCUUUUGGUUUAAGAUAUACCAUAUCCUGCUCUCAAUGGUAUGCUCGUUUGGGAGUGGGAGAAUGGCAGUCAUUGCAAGGCUUCUGGCUGCUGGCAGGUUCUCCCAAACUAGGGCAGAGGAGAUUGGCCAUCAGAAGUCAGCUGCUGAAUACGUUUUCAGAGAUCUGCGAGAUGCAGAUGAAGCAAAUUUGCUUGAUGAAGAAGAUAUGCAUGUGUAUGGUUUGAGACCUAUGUCUGAUCCCUUGCAGCUGUUGGAGUAAAGGAUAUGAUAAUCAAAUCUGCAUUUGUGUGCAUGCACCAUGUAGGGAAUGGGGCAGAGUACUUACUGCAUUCUUUAAGCUCUGUAUGUUGCAAUGCUUGCAAGAAGCCCAUCCAGGCCAGCCAAUACGCUGCUCAUGCAGAACUUUGUAGGUCAUUAAAGUAUGCAGAACAAACCAUUUUGGAGGUUGAUGGCAGCAUGGGCUAUCGAAAGCCCCCCAGAAAAGAAAAGAAAAAGUUAUCAUCAACUUCUUGUGCUAAUCAAGCUCCAGCAGUUGGGGAGGAGGGAAGGGCUGAGGCUGUGGAUUCUAUUGAUGCCGCUGUGCCACCAUCCCAUAUGAAUGAUCAAAUUAGAGUCACUUGCUAUUCCAACGAUGGUAAAGAUGCAGCAUCUAUGAUGGAUGGUACAGGAUUUAAACUUGGAAAUAGAGAUCACCCAGCUUCUGUAAUGCAACCUCCAACAAAACGCCGUAAAUUGAUUGGUGGAGUACAUUCACCUCUACCAGAAAGUCCUGCAACAGAAUCUAGAAUAACAAGACCAGCUAGCUUUGCAAAUAAAAAUACUUGCAAAGGUGGGGAUAUGUUGGAAAGAACUGUCUCUGAAAAUGGAGAUCCAAGCCAUAAAAAUUUUGGGCUUGUCCAAGAGCAACACCUUACAAAGAGAGACGGUCCUGCACCCCUUGCUACCAAGGUGUAUUAUUCACAAAGGAACAAUCGUCUGCGUGCAGCUCUUCGUCAUCUUUAUUUUCAGGAAUCAAGCAAUGAAUUAUGUACAGAUAUUGCCAGUCCAAAGUCCUCAAAUGAAACGUUAGCGUUCCAAGAUUCACAUCAUAUAGACCCUUCAUUUGGACAAAAGGAUGAUGAUAACACGGAGUGCCUCUUGCCAAAUUUGAGCUCAGUGCGAAGUCCUAAUCAUAUUCUUGCGAAAAGUUCAGACAUUUGCUUGCGUAAGGCAGAAGACCUACCGGCUAGCAACUUGCCAAAUCAGUUUGUUGUUAAUGUUUCAAGGCCUGCAGCUCCUCAUCUUGGUUUGACAAGAAGCAGCUUUCUUCCAAAGCCUUAUUCUUUUGCAAGCAACACAGGAAAUCCAAUGAGAACAAUUCAGCAAUCAAAGGGGAGUGUUCCUGUUAUAUAGUAAUCUUGGAGGGAUUUAUUUUUUUCCCCUAGGUGAAAUUAUAGUUCAAUUAAUACUCGAGGUUAGGAUUUAGCAUCCCUUUUUUCGAAGCUGAUAAAGCAAUUUUCUCAAAUUGUUUAUUCUAUCAGUGUCAUCUGCUUUGUAAAUGAACUCUGAUCUCUGCUAUAUAUAGAAUGAAAGUUCGGAAAUUUUUUA